GAUUUUUUAGCUUGAAAACGCUCACUCGUCACCAGUUCCCUGAUUGCAUAUUUAUAAGCGCAGUCAAUUAUAUUGUGCAAUCGUCUGAUUCAUACUUUAACACAAAAGAUCGGUAUUUUACGUUUUAUGGCCGGAAAGAAUCGUCUUUGUUGGCAUGGUAACUAAAGAAGGGAUCUUCGGCUGUCUGUUGAGCUUAAUUUGGUUGCAUUUCUACGUUUAGUGAUGGCUUUAUCGGCGUUUAUGUUAAGGUAUGUUUGAGCAACAACGGCUCUCUAAAAUUAUUACGUUUGCGUGUUCAUCUAUUACUCUUUAUUCAUAAAGUUUUCUUAAAAUCUAAAACGAGAGGAUUUUAGAACAAAAUCUGAGCUUUCCAAAGAUGUAUAAUACAGGCUGUUGUUUUGUAAUUGCAGGAUUUUCAACCAGGCUGCUUUCCCAUAUAUAGUGUAUUUCAAUUAUUUGAAUGUAUGUCAUGGAGACAAUUAAUCUUAAAUCAUGUCUAAGCGUAAACAGCACUUCGAUAUUGGUGCCUGGGCAAGAGAAAAUAAGGCGAAACGACAAGAAAUCGUCGCAAAUAACCGUACGAUUUCGGAUUUGAAAGAUUGUAUUCAAGCAAGUGAGAGAGAAAUUAAAGAUCUCAAGAGGAAGAGGGGACUGUUAGUAAAUGAAAAAGUCAAGCUCCCACAUCAUUCCCAUCCAAAGACUUCAUCAGUUGUUAACCAAACCUGUAGCGAGAAGCUUGAUCUUCCUGAGAGUACAGCACGAAAAAGAAGGAGGUUGAUGUUUGAUCAAGCAGAAAGAAUAAAUGCUAAGUCUUCUGAUGAUAAGAGCUUGAAAAGAAGUCUGCUUUGGAUGGCUUAUGGAGUACUUUAA